AUGUCUGUCUCACACUUAGCCCCGGAGUCGGCCAACCCGCAAUGUGUGGAUGACGUGUGUCUUAAUUUGGUAGCAUGCAAGAGCACACCGCAUGAUCGUGAUAUUAUGGAGCCGCAACUAAAGCAUUUUACCGGUAUCACAGACCCCUCUGCCUCACAGAAAACAUUCUCGCUGUCCAAGCUUUGCGGGGAGCAGAUUACAGGUACGCAAAAGGAAACUAAAGAAGAUGAGGUGGCAUCGACGCAGCAGACCCUGGUAAUGUCCUGGAGAUAUGACAGCGAUCCUCCGAAAAUAACACGUAAGGAGAUAGAGGACGCAUUUAAAGCGCUCUCUAUCGACACUUCUGUGACGGGGACAAGGGAAUUCCAACAUAAAAUUUACAUAGACUGCCUAACAAGGGUGACCAAGCCACAGUUUGGGCCGAUAUGUCGCUACUUUGAGAGUUUGCACAAAAACACCCAGUUCUUCAUGAGAUAUGAUAAAGUGAACGACGAGGAGCAGGCGACUGUGUUCUUGGGAAACGUUCUUGGCCUCACUGCAAACGAUCUGGCUAAAUCCAUCGAGCAAAGGCUUGGAUUCAUCCCCAAAGCUAUUCGAAUACCUAUUAACAAGCACACUGAAAAGCCUAAGCCAGUCGCAUACGUGGUCUGUGAUUCACGCGAUCAAGCCAAAGAGCUGGCAGAAAACCUACGGGGCGAAAAGCUCGGUCUGUCCAGUGGCAUCCGCACCGAUCUGCUGGUUCACGAGGGCGAGUCCCGUGUAACUCUCAAGCCUAGGAAGCAACACAGUAAGUCUAAGACAUCUUAG